AUGGAUCUUGUGGCCGGGGCAGUGGGCAGCAUCCUCACCAAGCUCGGCGAGCUCCUGCACGGGGAGUACAAGCUGCAGAAGGGCCUGCCGGAGCAAAUCGAGUAUCUGAAAAAUGAGCUCGAGAGUGCGCACACGGCUCUCUGCAAGGUGGGCGAGACGCCGCCAGAGCAUCUAGAUCGACAGGUCCGGCUGUGGGCUGGCGACGUCAGAGAGGCGUCCUACGACAUGGAGGACAUCCUCGACGCCUUCCUCGUCGAUGUCGUGGAGGGGGCCGCCCCUGCUGAGACUAAAAGCAAGAAAGGCUUGCUUAAACGUCUCAAGAAGAUGGCCAAGUUGUUGAAGGAGAGCAAGGCACGCCACGACAUCGCCAGCGCGAUCGAGGACAUGAAGAAACGACUACAGGAGGUGUGGGACCGCCGCGAGAGGUACUCCAUACCCGUUGCAGUGCCCGCGCCGGCCACCAAACUGGAUCCUCGCCUUGUGGACAUGCACAAAGAGGCAGCACAGAUUAUCGGCAUCGAGAGGACGAGGGCGGAGCUCAUAGCCAUGCUUCAGUCAUCGACCCACGGGCAUGGAGAUGCUGGCGCCUCCAGCAGCAGCAACCGGACCAAGAUAGUUUCUGUGGUCGGAGCUGGUGGUCUGGGCAAGACCACUCUUGCCAAGGCGGUUUACGACGAGCUGAGUCCGGGUCCGGGAUAUGAUUGUCGAGCCUUUGUUUCGGUUGGCCGCAAUCCUGACCUAGUGCAAGUCUUCACCAGCAUCUUCUUUCGUCUCGACCAAAAAAUGUACCAGGCCAUUCGUGGUGUAAAGGACCUACAACUGCUCAUUGGCGAACUCCGAGAAUUCCUUGAAAACAAGAGGUACUUCAUCGUUAUUGACGACGUAUGGGACAUAAAUUCCUGGCAAGCAAUAGGAUCAGCUUUGCAUCGGAACAAUAACGGAAGUAGAGUAGUUAAAACUACUCGAAAUCUUGAAGUAGCCUGUGGCGAUGAAGUUUACAAGCUUGGCCCUCUUUCACAUGAUAACUCAAAGAAGCUAUUUUAUAUGAGGCUAUAUGGCGGUGAAGACAAAUGUCCUGCUCAUCAUCCUGAAGAGGCAUCCCAAAAAAUUCUGGACAAAUGUGGCGGUGUGCCAUUAGCUAUCAUCACAAUGGCUAGCUUGUUGGUGGGCAAAUCAAGAGAGGAUUGGUUUCAGGUCUGCAGCUCUCCUGGUGUCUAUCGUGGCAGAGAGAACAAGCAAGUAGAUGAUACUGUGUGGAUAUUGUCCCUUAGCUACUAUGAUCUGCCUUCUCAUCUGAAGACCUGCUUACUGUACUUAAGUGUGUAUCCCGAAGACUAUGAGAUCGAGAAAGAUUCUUUGAUAUGGAAAUGGGUAGCAGAAGGCUUUAUAGAGAAGAAAACAGGAACAAGCCUGUUUCAGCGGGGAGAGGAAUACUUGCAUCAGCUCAUAAACAGAAACAUGAUCCAAGGGGUAGAGUCAGAAGAGGAAGGCAUCAUACAUUGCUGCUGUGUUCAUGACAUGGUCCUUGAUCUUAUUCGUGGUCUGGCAGGCGAAGAAAACUUCAUCACUAUCUCAAAUGAGGAUGGAGUAACAUCAUCACGACACAAGGUGCGCCGGAUAGCACACCAGAACAGGAUAUUGCUGGAUCAAUCCCAUCCCGACGGUCAUAGGGACAUGACACAACUGAGGUCAUUGGUUGCCCAUGGGUGUGAUAUUUGUGGUCUUGUCUUGCAUCCGAGCUUUAAACUCUUACGUGUGCUAGCUUUAGAGAGGUGCACAUCAUCUAAAAAUGAUGAGUAUGACAGGCGCUGGCUCGAGCAUCUUGGGAAACUAGUUCAUCUGAGGUACCUUGGACUACGAGGUACAAAGGUCAGGGAGCUCCCGGAGGCGAUAGGAGCUCUAAAGCUUCUACAGACAUUGGACUUGGAAUGUAUUAGAGGACAUGGUAUGCAAGUCCAACUGCCAUCGAGCGUUAGCCUGCUAACAAGGUUGGUCUGCAUAAGAUGUGACGACCACACGAAGGUGCCCGAUGGAUUCCUCCUGAAGGUGACGUCACUGGAGGAGCUACGGAUAAGUGUUUGUAUGCUAUCUAUUGAGUCCAAGAGGCAAUUUUUGAAGGAGCUGGGCAACCCGAGCCUACUGAGGGUGCUCCAUGUGUUUGGCAUAGGCGGGCUGGAUGAGAGCGCGCAGGCAGAACUUUUGAAGUCACUAGGCAAUCUGCAGGAGCUCCAGCAUCUGCAUGUGCAUGGUUUUGAGUUCCAUGAAAGUAGCCCUGCCUCAACAGAGUGGGACAAAGUCGUGCUUUCGGAGCAUCUCAGGCAUCUGCUUAUACAAAACAUCUGGUUCCCUUGUGUGCCAUCAUUCAUAGAUUCCACGCUUCUCCCCAACCUUUGCUACUUGUGGUUGUAUGUGCGUCAUAUGGACGAGGCAGGUCUGAGAGCCUUGGGUGGGCUGCCAGAACUCCGUUUCCUCCAUAUUCAUGAUCUUUGGAUGGCUUCUCAUAAGCAGGCUACGGUAGUUAAUAUUGCUGCCCAUGAUGUCUUCUUCCCCAAGUUAGAAGGCCUCUGGUUGGAUGGAUGGAUGGUCCAGCUGGAGACCAACGGUGACUCCACUAGUGCUUCGCUUAGCAUCUGGAGGGGAGGACAGGAUGCAGGUAUGGUAUUUGAUUCCAAAGUAGAGGACGGGGGCUGCAGCAGCAGAGUAGCACCGGCCCCUGUUGCUGUGAUGCCAAACCUCCACGACCUUUGGUUCACUGUCCCAGUCAGGGCUUUCUACAAGGAUGGACACGCUACCUGUGACAAUAAUCUCGGCUUGGACUUGGAGUGCCUCCCUUCGUUACGCUAUGUCGAGGCAUGUCUUGACUGUGAGGAUGCCUUCCCUGAUGACGUGGACAAGGCAGAGGCUGAGCUCAGGCGCCAAGCACAACUCCAUCCCAAUAGUUCCGCACUCAUAUUCAACCUAUUCAAAGAUGAUGAAGAUAUGAUGGCACGACCAAUACACAGCGACGAUGAAGAGGAUGAGGUGACUGACGAGGAUGUCUCAGAAGCCUUAUUGUACGAUACAGCAGAGGAGGAGGUCUCAGCAGCUUCACUAUCUGGAAGGAAGAUGAAAAUGAGCACCCCGGCGUACAUGGUGCACCGCCCUCUCCGUCCUGAGCUGCUGAGCAAGUCGCUGGCCGAGUACAACUACGCCACCACGGAGGCCAAUGUCGAUGUACUUAAGUUCAUCCAGAUUGGUCUCACCUUCUCGGACGAGCAGGCAACACAGCCGAUGAUUGAGCCGGACGACAGAUGCCGCCCCUGCGCCUGGCAGUUCAACUUCCGUGGGUCGAGGGACCGACGUCGCGGAUGCGGACCACAUCGAGCUGCUCCGCCACAGUGGGAUCGACUUCACCCGCCACGCCACAGAGGGAGUCGAUCCACGACGCUUUGCCGAGCGUGGGUGACGUUCGAUGGUCGCAACGGUGUGGGCAACCUGCUCAAGUUGCUCACCAAUGGAAGCCUGCCUGACACGAUGUCCGGAUUUUCCGAUCUCGUCAACAUAUACUUCCCUAGCAUGUACGACAUCAAGCACCUGAUGAAGUUCUGCGGUGUCGCCGACAGCGGGCCUGAUGAUCUUGCCAAUAUUAUUCUUGAUGUCAAGUUCCGCUCGAAUCUGCCACAAGGCAGGCUCUGA